UAAUGUUUAUUAAAACAAUGAUGAACCUAAAUAAUUUCUAAUGAAAACAAAGUGGUUAUUAAUAUGGAUACUAGUAGUAGUGAACCAUUAUACGAACAGGAUACAAAAAACGGUCCACCUGAAAGGCAACAAUCCCUUAGAAAAAAUAGCCUACUAUCGUGUAGCAGUAGUGUAAGUCACAGUUUGGAACAUUCGGAUAGUGUUGAAAGUGUUUCAGAGUGCACCGAAGAACAUGAAGUUGAACAUCAAACGACCACUGAAAAUACGCCAUUAUUAUCAGGAAUUGGACGGAUACAUUUAUUGGAUGCAGUGCGUAAAGAUUUAAUACAUAAGUGUAAUAGUGCUCCAGGUGGAUCAAGUGAUCGUAACCGGUCCCCUUCAGCAAUUGGUGUGAAUUCAAACAGUGAACUAACGAAAACGGUGAAUAAAAACGGUAAUACGGGUAAUAAUGUGAUACGACCCCCAAGACAUCGAUCCGCUGGCAGUUGUCAUACUCAUGCUACAACAAUUCCCCCACGUAAAUGCGUUCUCACAUUAGAUGGUUACUCAUACGUUAUAGUUGCGAGUCCGCCAGAUCGACGAAUAACAAAAGACGACAGUGUUAUUUGUUCGAGACAAGCAGCAACACAAGGAAAUAAUCGAAAUGGUCAGUUAGCCAAACAAGGAUCAUUGACAAUUGUGAGACGCAGCAGUGGGAAAAAAUCAAAUCGUACAUCACCACAAUCACCAACAGGAUCGGGGGUCGCGGGCGCCAUCGAUUCGUUAUCAUCGUCCACGUCGGGGGCAAUGGCUGCUGUGUCGAAUACUUCGGUUACAACUUCCAUGCAGCCAGCGUCAUGUACAGACGAUGAUAGUAUAUUAGAUACGGUGGACUUAUCCACUGAUAAUUUACCAGCGGUUGAUACACCUGAUGCAUGUGAUAAGGCUGCACUCAGGUUGCGAUGCUUAUUGCGACAAUUGCAAUGUGGAGAAAUCUCUGCAGAUUUAUUGCAACGCAAUUUGCAUUAUGCAGCUCGAGUGCUUGAAGCCGUUUUUAUUGAUGAAACAAAGGAGACACCAUCAAGAGGACAAAAUAAUGAAGAAACAUCACAUCAAGCGCCCUCCCGAACGACAUCGUGCGAGCUGCGAAGUAAUAAUAGUACGCAGCCCGCAGUACAGCGUAGACGUCUACGGACGCCCGUCUGGGCAAGACGAUUAGCCGAUGAAGAUGACGAAUUAUCCGAAGUUCAACCAGAUGCUGUGCCCCCUGAAGUACGAGAAUGGUUAGCGUCAACAUUCACUCGACAAUUGGCGACAACUCGACGUAAAGCUGAUGAAAAACCAAAAUUUCGGAGUGUUGCGCAUGCAAUACGUGCUGGUAUAUUUGUUGAUCGAAUAUAUCGGCGUGUUUCGAGUUCGGCUAUGAUGCAAUUCCCACCAGAAGUUGUUAAAGUGUUGAAGACAUUAGAUGAUUGGUCAUUUGAUGUAUUUGGAUUAAGUGAAGCAGCGACAUCACAACCGUUAAAGUAUUUGGGCUAUGAUCUAUUAAAUCGUUAUGGUAUGAUACAUAAAUUUAAAGUACCACCAUCAAUAUUAGAAACAUUUCUAAGUCGUAUCGAAGAUGGCUAUUGUAAAUAUAAGAAUCCAUAUCACAAUAAUUUACAUGCCGCCGAUGUUGCACAAACUGUACAUUAUAUGUUAUGUCAAACGGGUCUUAUGAAUUGGUUAACUGAUUUAGAAAUAUUUGCAACAUUAGUUGCAGCAAUUAUCCAUGAUUAUGAGCAUACAGGAACCACAAAUAAUUUUCAUGUUAUGUCUGGAACAGAAACAGCUUUAUUAUAUAAUGAUCGUGCUGUUUUAGAAAAUCAUCAUAUCAGUGCAGCGUUUAGGGUAAUGAAAGACGAUGAAUGCAAUAUAUUACAAAAUUUGUCACGUGAUGAAUUUCGUGAAUUUCGUACAUUAGUAAUUGAUAUGGUAUUAGCAACAGAUAUGAGCUUUCAUUUUCAACAAUUAAAGAAUAUGAAGAAUUUAAUAUCAUUAGCUGAACCAACUGUAGAUAAAUCAAAAGCUGUAUCAUUAGUAUUACAUUGUUGUGAUAUAUCACAUCCUGCAAAGGAAUAUGACUUACAUCAUCGUUGGACCAUGCUAUUAUUAGAAGAAUUCUUCCGACAAGGUGAUAAGGAACAAGAAUUAGGUUUACCAUUUAGUCCAUUAUGUGAUCGUAACAAUACAUUGGUAGCAGAAUCACAGAUUGGUUUUAUUGAAUUUAUUGUGGAACCCAGUUUAUCUGUAUGUAGUGAUAUGUUAGAAGUAAUAUUAGGACCAUUUGCAUCGGCAAAUACGACCACAACGUCAGCAUCCGGAUCAGCAACUAUUGUACAUCAUCAACAAACAAUCGAAGAGAAACCGGGUAGUCAACAGACAUCAUCACCGUCAAAGAGUAAGAAAACAAAAAUACAAAGACCAUGGGUACAUUGUUUGCUUGAAAAUAAACGAAUAUGGAAAGAACAAGCUGCAAAAGAUGCCGAAAUUCGAGCUCAAAAUGCACAACAACAAGAAAAUCCACCAUCUUCAGAAGAAUAAUAAGUAAUAAUUAUAAUCAUAUUUAGAAACUACUACAAUAUGAUAUAUAAAAUUUAGACUAAUAAAAAAAAAUACUUUUUCC